AUGAGGUACAUUCGUUUUUUAAAGGUUCCCAAGACCGACGGCAAGACCAUCACCGCCCUGAUCACCGUCACCUCAGAUCUCGGCGAGGAUUUCCUGGCCGCCGAUGUUGCCCUCGCCGCGACCAUUCGCUCGCCCGAGUACAAUGGCGACAUUUUCCUGCGCAAGAGCAUCAAGUGGACUGCUGGCAUGCGCGCCCUCCCCUUGACCUUCGACGUCCGCCACUGCGAUCUGGACUGGCCCGUAGUUGUGCACGUUGGCCCCAAGAGCAACCAGGUUUCCGACCGCUUUGAGAGGCAGAACAACAACCCUGAGCUCCCCUCCCUGAUUUCUGCAUGGAGCUCCAUUCUCGACGCCCCGGCCGGCAUCAAGGAGGCCGAGAAAAAGGUGGAACGCCGCUUCACGCCGCUGAGCAACCGCACCCUGAGCAUUUGGGAGGAGACCGGCGACAGCAUUGCGCGCCAUAUCUGGGAUGCUGGUGUCGGCAUGGCCGCCUUUUUUGACAAGACGAUCGCCAUGCAGUACGACAGCCUGCCGAUCCUGGACUCAACCCUCAGCUCUGCCACUUACAAAAAGCUCCACGUGCUUGAACUGGGCACCGGAUGCGGCAUUGUUGGCAUCAGCCUAGCGCAAAUCAUCCCCGACUGCGAGGUCACGCUCACGGACCUUCCGGAAGCACGGGAGAUUGCCGAGAAAAACAUCGAGGGCAUGAAUCCAGCCAUGUCGUCCAGUGCCACUUUCGUGCCAUUGGACUGGGACGAAGAGCUGCCCCAGGUUGUGCGCGAGCGGCAGUACGACCUGGUCAUCAUCUCAGACUGCACGUACAAUCCGGACAGCAGCCCAGCCCUGGUGAAUACCCUCAAGGCUCUCGCCGCAAGAUCCCCAAAGGCCAUUAUAGUUAUGGGCAUGAAAGUCAGACAUGAGAGUGAGGCCAUUUUCUUUGAGCUCAUGAAAAAGGGCGGCUUCAUCCAGGCCGUUCAGACCCGUCAGCCUCUUCCACGUGACGAUGCAGACUUCAGCUUGUCUGGCAACAUCGAUAUUUACAUCUACCAUUCUGCGUACCGGCCUCGCUCCCCUAGGGAUCCGCGCAAUGUCCUCGAUCGCUCUCCCAUCUCUUUCUAG